UCUGGAUCACACGGAGGACACGGAGAGCCACCCGGAGUCACCGUGACAGGCACCGGAUCACAGCCGAGCUGAGAGCGCCGAGUCCCGGUGAGCAUGUCGGUGCUGGCCCCGCCCCCCAGCAGCAGCAGCUCUGACGCCUGCCUCAGCAUCGUCCACAGCCUCAUGUGUCACCGUCAGGGCGCCGAGAACGAGAGCUUUGCCAAGCGGGCGAUUGAGAGCCUGGUCAAGAAGCUGAAGGAGAAAAAAGACGAGCUGGACUCACUCAUCACCGCCGUCACCACCAACGGUGUCCACCCGAGCAAGUGUGUGACCAUCCAGAGGACGCUGGACGGGCGGCUGCAGGUGGCGGGCCGUAAAGGUUUCCCUCAUGUGAUCUACGCCCGUCUGUGGCGUUGGCCUGACCUCCAUAAGAACGAGCUCAAACACGUGAAGUUCUGCCAGUUUGCCUUCGACCUGAAGUACGACAGCGUUUGUGUGAACCCGUACCACUAUGAGAGGGUGGCAGCCCCGCCCACUACAGGUCCUCAGUCCCUGAUUAAGGAAGAGUUCAUGCAGGACUGCCUUCAGAUCGACCUGCCCCCCCACACGGACCCUUACAACCCGCCCUGCCCCGUCGGCAUGUUUCCCAGCAUGCCCCUUUCUCCACCAGCAGGGGGCGCCACCGGCUGCAGCAGAGCAGGUGAAGGGGCAGCAGGCGGAGUCAGCCGAGAGGGACCCGGCUUACUCCAGAUUGCCCUGCCUCAGAACCACGGUGGCCACGCCUCUCCACCUCAUCCAAACCCGCCUCACACCCCCCAGCCUCCUCACCCUCCAACAUCCACCACUCCUCAUCCACUGAGCCCCGAGUACAGCAGUCCCCCCAGGAAUGCCUCCUGGCCCGGUAGCAGCCCGGCCCCCUACAGCCCUGCAGGGCCUCAUCAAAGUGGAAGGAGCCACCAGCAUCAUUCCUUACAUCAUCACCAGCAUCACCACGCCCCCAACACGCACUUCUGGUCGCAGCAUCACAGCACGGCGCCGUACCCACAGCCCGUGUCCAACCACCCAGGUCCUGAGUUCUGGUGCUCCAUCUCGUACUUUGAGCUGGACGUUCAGGUCGGAGAGAUGUUUAAGGUGCAGUCCAGCUGCCCGCAGGUCACCGUGGACGGAUACGUGGAUCCCUCAGGAGGAGACCGGUUCUGUUUAGGACAGCUGAGUAAUGUCCAUCGUACAGCUACGAGCCACCGUGCCAGGCUGCACAUCGGUCGGGGGGUUCUGCUGGAGUGUCGGGGUGACGGGGACGUCUGGAUGCGAUGUCUUAGUGACCACUCCGUGUUUGUGCAGAGUUUCUACCUGGACCGUGAGGCGGGUCGAGCCCCAGGAGAUGGAGUUCAUAAGAUCUACCCCGGCGCGCACAUCAAGGUGUUCGACCUUCGUCAGUGUCACAGACAGAUGCAGCAGCAGGCGGCGGCUGCUCAGGCGGCCGUGGUGACUCAGGCAGCGGCGGUUGUCGGUGCGAUUCCUGGGCCGAACAGCGUGGGUGGGAUCGCCCCAGCUGUCAGUGUUAGUUCGCCAGCGGGUCUUGGCGUGGACGAUCUGCGAAGGUUAUGCAUCAUCCGUCUGAGCUUUGUUAAGGGGUGGGGCUGUGAUUACCCUCGUCAGAGCAUCAAGGACACCCCCUGCUGGCUGGAGGUCCACCUGCAUCGGGCGCUGCAGCUGCUGGACCAGGUGCUGCACACGCUGCCGCUGCGGGAACACGCGCUCUGACCCUCUGCUACAGGGAUGGGUGUGGAGGAUCAUAUGAACACUGAUCUGCUCACGCCAUCUGAUUCAUAAGCCACGCCCACUCUGUCCUCCGGUCCUCCCUCACAGAGGUUUGAAAAUGAAGCUGCAGCUGAUUGGUCACUUUAAAAAUGCUUCUGACAAUCAGCCAAUCAUUGUGUGACGCUCUGAACACUCUAGGAUGUCCUGAUUGUAGAAAUGUGUUCCAUGUUUGAUGAAGAUCAAACGUUGUCGUUGUUUUAGACACAAAAAGCCGAGCUGGUACUGAAUGACGCUGUUUAGGAGCUGAUAUCAAAGUGUGGUUGUUGAGGUGUGUCCACUCAGAGCAUUAAAGAUUAUUUCCUGUUAUCUGAACAACCAAAUGGUCAUAGGUCCCUGCCAAUGCGUUGCAUAAAACCUUUAUUUAAACUCACCAGGAUGACAUCAGAAGAAGGUUUAAAAUCAAUUUCAAAAUUAAAAGCUUUAUUUAUUUUCAGUGAUUAUCUACCUAAGAUUCAUUUCUUGCUCUUGAUCAUAUCCUAUUAUUUUUGAUUCAUUCAUUUAUGGUUUUAUUUAAAAAAUUGUUUUAUACUGAAAGAGCCUAUAUGUUUUAGUUCUUCAGAAUAAAACUGAAAU